CAACACGAAGUUUGGACUGGUGAAAUUCUAGAGACGACGCUUUAUUGCUCACCCAGCACUCCUACUUCCUCAAAAUAUCCUACUGGCGUUGAAGUUAGAGCAACAGCGCUCACCGGUCAAUAGACUUUCUUGGCUACCGGGGCACAAUUUCGCGUAUCCAAAGUAUCUUCAAGGAGAAGCACGAGAAACCCGAUAAUUGAUUCUACCAUUUACAGAAUUGAUACUGACUGGUCUCUCCUUGUAGUGCCGUUGUAGUCAUUCUAGUUGUUUUUAAGCCUUCUAGUACAUCCUUCGCUCGUUCUCUCUUCUCGCUUAUCCCAUUCCAAUCGAGAAAGCAUGGCUGACGCCGCUUCGUUGCGACAGCUGUUGCGAACGAUUGAUGGUUCCGCUCCGGCGAUUGAGAGUUCGGCAGGAUCCAUGAUGCGACACUACGAUCGUUCCGCAACGGUGGCCGUCACGGAAUGGCGUAAUGCGCUGCAGACGGCAAGGCCGGAUCAGCUGCUUCCGCUCUUGUACGUGGCGAACGAAACCUUGCAAAAUUCGAAGCGUAAUCGAGGCAACAAGUUCCUCGAAGCCUUUUCCCCCAUUUUGGGUCAGGCGCUGACGCAUAUUUGUCAAGCCGAUCGAUCUGCGACGGAAAAAGUCCGCCGGACGGUAAAGAUUUGGGGGGACCGUCGAGUCUUUAGUGUGCGGUUUGUAAAUGAGCUCCUCCGCGGAUUGGAAGACUAUCGAGGCAACGGCCCGGCACCACCUCCGGACAACGACGAAGCUUCGUUUUCGCCCGCCGUAACCGACCCUCCGCCGCCCACCAGCGAGAGCAACGACGCUACAAUGGAGAACGAGACUAGUCGGGGCGAUGGUACGAAGAACAACGACGACGACGAUCAUGACGACAUUCUGGACCUUCUGGAUCAAGACGAUGAUCAAGACAAACAGUCUUCAGAGGACGACGACGGGCAUUUGUUUGGGAGCAACUCGGACAACCCGAAGCUCAGUGUGCAAUUGGACUUGGAUGCUGCCGCCGCAAGCAAGGCGGUUUUAUCCGCGCGUAAGGCCAAACGUCGUCGCGGCAGUAUGGGCAGUACCAGCAGCGACGGCAAACGCCAACGACGUCGUCGAUCAGUUCUAUCCGCCAACAAUCUUGUGGACGUUUGGAAUCGUCUGACCAGUCUGGAGCAAUCCUUUGAACAUGCUCAGUACACUUUGCACAAGAUUGACGCAGUCACUGCCAAAACGUCGGCUACGGACUUGGAGGACGUCGUAGGAGAUGAGCUACAGGUCAACUACAAGCAAGUUGUUGGCUUUCAAGCGCAAAUUUCUACCCAGCGUCAAAGUUUGCAUGCAAUUGCUGAAGAACGGCACGCAUUGGAGCAAGAAGCGAUUCGGUAUGUUCCCUGGUUAGAAAAGGCGCUGCAACAGGAUGGGGAAGAUCUGGACUUUUGCGACAAGCUAGAAGCAAAGCUGAUAUCCUUUGGGAAAGUUCAUGGCGCGAUUCGCCAAGCUCGUGACAAACGAGUCGAAGACGAAAGGCGUCAGGAACAAGCGAGGGAAGAAGCAAAGCGUCGAAGGCUUGAAAAGGAGGAAGAAGCGCGAUUCCGACAAGCUGCCCUCUCGAAAGAAACUGAAGGAAAACCAGGUAUGGUUUGGAAUCCUGUUUCACGCGAGUACCAGCCUAUUAAUACGGACGAAUCCUGGAGGGACAAUUAG